UUUACGAUACCAACCGGGUUGUUUACAUCGAGAGGGAAAAGUUGACUUUUUUCAAAUGCAAAAAAAAAAGUACGACUUGAAAUAUCCUAUACAGUUUACCUGUAGCAUUUAAGAAAUUUUGCAUUGAGAAAAAAAAGGGAUGCAAAUUCAUGAAAAUCAUUCAUCUAUAUCGGAAAGUUCAGGCAAAAGCAUGUCAUCAAAAUAUUUGAAACAGGUUUUCGUGACUUUAUAAAAGCCCAGUUGACUGAUGAUUCCAUAUUUGAAUUAAGUAUUAUGGAGAAAAUCACAGACUUAUGGCAGCAACUACAAAAAGAUAAUAGUGUUGUCGAGUAAAGCAGACUUAAUUUAUUAAGUUAUAUUUGCACAUAGAAUAAGUAAUGCUGCUGGUAGUAUGAUUUUAAUUUAGUAUAACCUUUUGUGGAGUGAAUUGUUGUGUUCCGAGGCUUUAAGAAUACUUAACAUGGAAUUAUCACUUGGAUUGAAGAUUACCCAAAGGUGUAUUGACAUCUAGCUGUGAAUCUGAGCUUCAGGAAUUGAUGCAUCAUAUUGAUGAUAUGAUGUCAGGUAAAAAGAGAGAUUGGGAGCAUCAAAUUCAAAGUCUACAAGAUAGGAUGGACAUAAAGGACAAAGAAACUAUGUUACAUAGGGCUACUAUAGACCAGAAACAUAAAGAGAUUGGACAUUUAAGACAGCAGUUAGAAACUAUGGAGAAAUCUCACAGGGAGUUAGUUAGUUGUUAUGAAGCUCAGCUGUCAACUCUCAAGUCUGAGCUUCAAAAACUGAAAAGAGACUAUGAUCGUCUUAAUAAGAAACAUUCCAAACAUUCCAAAGAAUCAGAACGCGAAAAAGAUCGUACCAAUACAGAAUUACAAGACAGUAUGUCUCAGGUCAACAGGCUAUCAUCAAAACUAGAGGAAUAUAAACAGAGGUCAAAGGAUUGGGAAUUACAGAAAAGAACUCUAGGGAAGCAGCUUGAAACUUUAGAAGCUCAAAGAAAAGCUAUGACAGAAAAGUGUGAAUUUAUUCAGAGUCAGUCUCAAACAUACCAGUCACAACUGAACAGACGUAAACAAAUACUCGAUAAUACAGAAUCUAGUCUCAAGUCACAAAUAGCACAACUAGAAGGACAACUACAGAGAGCUAACGAAUCACAUUUGUCACAGGAAACUAAGGUGGAGAAGUUGAAAUCAUCUCUAGAUGAUGCAAUCAAUAAUCACAAAAAAGCUAUGGAUGAAAACGAGAGAUUAUUAGUCGACCUGAGAAAAGCUAAUACUCAUGCAAGAAGGAUAGAUGAAGAAAAGCUUCAGUAUGAGGCUGAUCUAAAAACAAAAGAAGACUUAUUAAGAGCAAUAGAGCAGGAUGGUGAAGCUCAGGCUGAGGAAAUGGGUAGAAUGGAACAAGCUCUUUCUGAAAAAGACAGGAUUAUUCAUUCACUAGGAAAUAUAAAGAAUAAGGAAGAGAGUGAACAGAUCAAACUUCUGAGACAGUCAUUACAGGAAGCCAGGGAAGACACAAGGAACUGCAAAAAGAAUGAAAAGAAAUUAAGAGAAGAGGUAUCUAAACUUCAGAAUCAUUUGAGACAGGCAGUGGAGGAUUGUGAAAGAACUACAGAUCAGCUAGAAAAGAAGAAAACAGAGUUGCAGAGAAUUGAAUCUGGAGAAGUGAAGCGAUUAAAACAAGAGGUGAAUCGUUUAAAAGAAAGUAUUUCUACUAAGCAACAGUCACAUGAAGCUGAACUGGAGGGAAUGAGGUCAGAGGUCAGCAAAUUAACAUCUGAACUACAUGAGAGAAGUGUUACUUUCUCAACGCUGUCAGACAAAUCAGCCAAUGUAGAGAGACAGCUGAGGAAUGAGAAUGAAAUAUUAGAGAAAAAAUCUGCAGAACUACAGGUUGCAAAUGCACAGAUUGAAGCACUUAGGCUAGAAAACAGGCACUUACGGCAGACCAUUCUACAGCAGGCUCAUUCAAAUGCAGACAAGGGUCAUACUCAGGAGCAUCUACGGGUACUGAAAAGCUCCUAUGAAACAACAAUAUCAAAACUAGAGCAAGAGAACCGUCAGUUAAAAGAUGACGUAACUUCUAUGAGAGAGGAAAUGACUGAAAUGGAGGAUAAGUUUGAGGAACAGUUGAGACAAGCUUUAAAAGAAUCAGAGGCUUCAGCACAGGAAAUGAGAGAUAUUGAAGAUAGGCGUAUGUUAAGUAUAGAGGAGUCAGCCCAAAGGAGAAUUAAAGCUAUGGAACUUCAAAUGAAUUCUACUGUUCAGCGAUAUGAACAGGAGACUAAACUUCUACGCAUGCAGAAAUCUCGGCUUGAAGAUCAGUUAGACAUGGACAGAAAUGAAAGUCAUUUUAGACUGCAGGACGAUCAUGAAAUAGAUCUACAUUCACUUGUUUCGGAAGAAGACUAUCAUGAAUUGAGACCAAAUGGACACUAUGCAAAUGAAAAUGGACAUUUCACAAGAGAAAAUAGAUUAUAUACAAGUGACAGUGGACAUUUCACCAGUGAAAAUGAGCCUUAUAUCAGGGAAAAUGAGGAUUAUAUCCAUCAGAAUGAACAUGGACCACUUCAUUUAGUGAAUGGCGACAAUCAAAAUGGUGAAGAUCACCAUGACAAUAGUUAUUCCACAAUAUUAAGUAGCCGUGCUAUGUCCAUAUCAGAAAGUGUACAGGAACCUUUAGAUCCUGAAGAGUUAAGUCCAAGAGAUUCAGUAGCACAGAAAUUUUUAGCAGCAGAAAACCAAAGAGCUAGAGAAUUGGAACUACUCAUAGACUCACACAUAGAAACACUUAAGAAAGGAACAGAUGCUACCAUCAAAAGACAUUCUAAAAGAUAGUGCUGAAAUGUUUCACAAUUUAUAGUAGUUCAUUCCUCAGGGGACAAUUUUCUUGAGUUGUAAUGCAUUAAAUGUGCUACCAUAGUUUAACUAGUACUAAAUGAAAGUAAAUCAUGAGAAAACUGGAUCGUGUGAUUGUGAAUGUUAUGAAAAGUAAUUUGUGUAACUGGUUUAUGUUUAAAAGUUGUAAAUGAUGUAAAGUUAAAAUGUUAUAUAGUUAAUAUAGAUAGCAUUCCACAGUUGUAGCAGAAUAUUAUGAUAUUUUUGUUUCUCAGGUGCUGAAUUUUGAGUGUGCUAUUGUCGUAUUCAUGUGACAACUGCUGAUCGUAUGAUAUUGUUAACAAUGCACCAGGAAAUAGACCUAAACAGCAUUGUUUUUGUGUUUAAAUGUUGAAUAUUGUGGAUACAUGAAUGUUAUCCAAAUCUAAUGUUUUUUUUAUUUAUGUGCAAUUGUCUAUUCCGUCCAAUAAUAUUUAAUUGUACUUAAAACAAAAGAUAUGAAUAUUUAGAGCUUAUUUUGUUGAAAUGUAUUUGAUACUGGAGAGUAAGAGAGAAUUUGCAUAAUUCUUGAAAUUUUUAUUUUGUUAUGUAUGCGUCCUGCAGAACCUAUCAUUAAAUUAUCCAUUAAUACUUUUAAUUAAAAUGGAAAAAAAAUCCAUGUUGCAGACUUUUUUUUAGGAAGAAAGCCAACUCUAAAAUAAAUAUUUUCAUCACUGGAGGAAACCUGCCACCUGCUAUUGAUUUCUGCAGUUGUCCAAGAAAUAAAUGACCCAUUUGUAUAACUAGUUAAAAUUGUAUGGCAUCUUAUUUUUAAACCAAAUUCUCCUUUUUCUGAAUGAAAAAUCCCAUUGUUUUUUUUUAUGGUUAAAUUGUGUUUUGUGCAAUUGUUUGUGGUAGAUUAGAAUCAAAAGUCAUCAAAGAAACCUGUGAUAAGGAGGACUUUAUCGUCUCUAUACAAAUUAGAUUGUGUGUAGGUGUGUGUUGUGAGUGUGUGUUUGUGUUGUCUGUGUAAGGGUAGUUCUCAGUAGUAGUACAAUGUACUUACAUUAAUUUAUGGUGGUAGGUGAUUUGAUGAAAUGCUGAUUAGUAGUAGAAGUUUGAUUUAAAGUGAUAAUUGCACUAACAAAAUAAAAUUAAAACUAACCAUCAACAUAAAUUUAAGAAAAACAAUAAUUUAUAUUAUACCCAACUGAUACUAUAUACUCAGUGUCAGAUAGAUAUUGUAAAUCAAUGGAUAAUAAAAACCAUCUUAUAAUUUUUUUAUUUGUUUUCAAAAAGUGUUGUCAGUGCAGCUAUUAAUUAUACAUAAUUUCCUGUACAAAGUCACAUUAAUUUAUUAGAAGUAUGCAUAUACUGACAAAUUUAAUAUAUUUUGAGUAAAUACUCUGAAAGAAAA